AUGUCGAGCAGCUAUCCCGCCGCACCACCGUCCUAUACGGCGCCGAAAGGCUACCAACCCGUGCCUACCCACGACACACCCGCUCCCACAUACGGUGCUGCGGACCCAACCGCCCCGCGCAAUGUCGAAGAGGAAGGCGAUCCGGACGACUUCAAGUUUGGCGUCACCGUCGAGCAGUCUUCGCCCGAGAUCCGCGCUAUGUUCCUGCGCAAAGUCUACAGCGUGCUGUUCUUCCAGAUCCUCGGCACGACCGUCAUCGCGGGCGUGAUGACCACCCAGGGCAUUGCUUCGUGGGUGCAGGCCAACCAAUGGGCGUUCAUCGUCCCCAUGAUCGGCAGCCUCGUCACCAUGGGCUUCCUCUACUUCAAACGUCACUCUCAUCCCACCAACAUCAUCCUGCUGAGCUUGUUCACCGUGCUGGAGAGCAUCAGUCUCGGAACCGUCAUCACGUACGUCGACCAGAAGAUCGUCCUCCAAGCCAUGGUCAUCACCGCCUUCACCUUUGGCGGUCUCACCCUGUUCACCCUGCAGAGCAAGUGGGAUUUCAGCAGUCUCGGCGGUUGGCUCUUCGGCGGUCUCAUGGUGUUGGUCGGUGUCGGGUUCGUAGGCGUGUUUUUGCCAUACAACCAGACAUUCGACCUCAUCAUGGCCGGCGCUGGGUGCGUCAUCUUCAGUUUGUACAUCGUCUACGACACAUGGCUGAUUCAGAGGAGGCUCAGCGCCGAGGAGUGGGUGCUGGCAAACCUCAGUCUUUAUUUGGAUAUCGUCAAUCUGUUCAUCAACAUCUUGCGCAUUCUUAACAACCAGAGCCGCGAUUGA